GCUUCUUGUUUCUGUAAGUUCUCCUACAAUUCAUGAAAGUUAAUACUGAAAUGAUUCAUAUUUGUGAUUAGAAUUGUUGUUGUUUGAUUACUGUGCUGGUUUCUGAGCUUUCUAUUUGGUAGUAUAGUACUGCACUAGGUUCCAUGAUUACAUCUUAUUUUGUUUUAGUAUGUGGCUUGUUGAAGCUCUAUAGUGAUGGUUAAAUCUUUGGUGUUCUGGAUCAUAUUCUGACCUUAGUUUUGAAUUUGAUGUUCCCUAAAGGAGUACGUGGAAGUAUAGUUUCUGAGAAAUGGGAGAGAAAGUGGUGACGAAUUCGUUUUUGAUUGUUUCUGACGAUAAGAGUGAUAGCUUGUAUCCUACAUAUUUUGGUGUCUCCUGUGCAUUCUUUGCUCUACGGCUACUGUCAAUAUCUGAUGUGCAAGAUCUGAGGUUGUCUGAAGUGCGCAACAAGAUGCUCCGAGGGACUGCCCAACUAUUGGGAUUGCUCAUGUGGAGAGUUCAGAAAGAAGGAAGAGGUGAAAAGGAAAUCAAAGAAUGUGAGCUUCUCCAUAAGCUUGAAAUUGCUGAAAGAGAGAUCAGAGAGUUGAGGAAACUGAGGCAUGAAGACGCCAAGGCGAACGAGAAGGUUGUGAACAUCUUUGCUGCACAGGAGCAAAGUUGGUUGAACGAGAGGAAGAAACUGAGGCAGCACAUUGGAGCUUUAAUCAGUGGAUUGAGGGUUUUCGAGAAAAAGAAGGAUCAAGCAAUUACUCACUGGAAUGAAAAAUUGAAGGAAAUGGAGCAUUUGGUACAAUCUAAGGACAAGGCUUUAGGGAAUAUGGAGCAGAAGUUGAAAGAAUAUAAAGAAAAGCUAAUAGAAUCUGAAAAAGUGGCUGAAGAAUUGAGAGAAAAGGCAAAGAGUGAAGCUCAGCAGCAUUCUUCUGAGAUUUUGAAGCACAGAACCGCAUUCAUUGAGCUCGUGUCAAACCAAAGGCAGCUGGAUGCCGAUAUGGGCCGAGCACUUAGGCAAGUUGAAGCAACCAAACGGGAGUUUAAUCUAGUCUUGGAUCAAAAGGAGGAGUCAGUUUUAAUGGUCCAAAAACUAUCUGUAGAGAUUGUUAAGAUGCACAAGGAUUUGGAACAGAAAGACAAAAUUUUGUCAGCAAUGCUGAGGAUCAAGUUAGACAUAUCAGAGAAGCAGAUGCUUGUAAAGGAAAUCAAGUUGUCAAAGGCAAAGCGGAAGCAAGCUGAACUUGAAACAGAACGAUGGAAAGUAGUAUCCGAGUCUAAACAUGAGAGGCAAUCAUUGAGAAGUAUGUUGGAGAAAGCAAAUUCAAGGUUUGAGCUUGCUUUAAAUGAAAGAGGCAUGAAUACUAGUGCAACAGGCACAUCUCAUCUUGGGUAUGUAAAUCCUGAGUUUAGAAAUGAUUCUGUUGAGUACUCAAGCGAGGAAAAUGUCGAUAUAGCUGACAUGAAGCAGUUGGAAGGUUGGGUUCGCUCAGAAGCAGAGAGGUAUGCAGCAGUAAUUGAGCAGAGGCAUCACCUAGAAAUAGAUGCUUUUAUAGAACAGUUGAGACUUAAAGGUGAGAAAUUAGAAACUUACCGAUGGCGCUUGCUGAGCAUGGACAUAGAGUCAAAUAGGUUAGACUCCCAUCUUGAGGGGCUGAACAAGGAAAUCUCACAGCUCAGACAUAAUAACAUGAAAUUGGAAGCCUUGUUAUCAGAGCGAGAAGAAGAAUCAACUUCCCUGAAAGAGCAGUUUGCAUCACAGUUGAGGUUUCUACAGUCCCAGAUGAAUAACUUUAAGAGCAAAGCUGAGGAGAAAAAUCAGAAAAGAGAGACAAGUUUGGGUGAACUAUCUCAAGAGGAAGACACUAAGAAAGAAGAUGGUGCUGAUAAGUUUCGCUCAAGUACAAAUAAUUCAUUGUAGAGGAUGGAUCUUCAAGCUCUUGGAGUGUCUUACAAGAUCAAGAGGCUGAAGCAACAACUUCUUAUGCUCGAAAGAUUUACAGGAAAGCAUGACAACAGCAAAGACCGCAUGGAAGGAAAUGAUGAUGGACAAAGUGGGAUGAAAGGUUAUCUUUUGUUAAUGUCUUUGUUGAACAAACAAGUUGGAAGGUACCAAUCCCUCCAAGGGAAAGUUGAUGACCUCUGCCAACGGAUGCAUGAAAAUGAUCUAGAUGGAAAUGGGAGACGUGGAGAUUCUGAUGUUGCAAGAACAAAGGACAAGUCUAAAACACUAGAGAAUUUUCUUGAUGAAACAUUUCAGUUACAGAGAUAUAUGGUCGCAACAGGCCAGAGGCUAAUGGAAAUUCUAGCCAAGAUUUCUUUUGGAAUUGUUGGUAUUUCUGUAGAGCUAGAAAAGUGCGCAAGCUUUGACAUGAAUCGCUUCACCGAGUUUAUCAAACUCUUCCAGGAAGUUCAAAGAGGUUUGGAAGUUCGAAUAGCUAGAAUGAUUGGAGAUCUUGAAGGACCUUUAGCUUGUGAUGGAAUGAUACACUUGAGGAGGUAGUGAUGUCGAUCCGGUCAUUAAACCAUACAAUUAAUAACG